AUGGGGACGGCAAAUUUUGCAAUAGCCGGUAUUGUGACGGAAAAACUGACAGAAGAUAACUAUGAGAAUUGGAAGGAAAGCUUGAAAAGCUACUUGAUUGCUCAAGGUCUUUGGGAUGUCGUCUCUGGAGAAGAAGCCAAACCCAAAGAAUCUGAACCCAAUUAUGAAACUUGGGUUAGAAAAAAUGCCAUGGCCUUGCAUGCGAUGCAAGUUUCCUGUGGUGCAGAUACAAUUUCAAAGCUCAGGGGCAGUGAAUCCGCCAAUUAUGAAUGGGAACGUUUGGCGGAAAAGCGCCCACCCCCGUUGCCAGAAGGUGGCGGCUUGUUUGCAGAUGAUGGAACAUGGAAUGACACCUUUCAGUACGAAGCUCUGUACAAGGCUGUGAGCAAAGGUGAUUGGGUGGCCACCAAACAUUUCCUUGAUGGCAACCCACAUGCCCUCACAGCCAAGAUUACAUUAACAGCUGAUACAGCUCUUCAUGUCGCCGUUCUGACUGGACACGGCAAGCUCGUGGAGGAGUUGGUGAGGCUAAUGUCAGACACAGACUUGGAACUCAGAAGUGGUCUCGGUUAUACAGCCUUUUCCAUUGCAGCCAUCAAUGAAUUCAAAGAGAUGGCCGAGACAAUGCUUAGAAAAAAUCCCAAUUUGGUCUGUGUAAAGAAUGAUAAUGGCCUGAUCCCAAUCGUUGUGGCCUCCCUUUAUGGCUCAAAAGAUAUGGUUCGCUAUCUUUACUGCAAAACUCCAAUUGAAAUUCUAAGUCCUGAAAAUAAUGAUCGGAGUGGUGCCACACUACUCAACUGUCUUAUCACAGAUGGUAUUUAUGGUAUGUGUGUUAAACAAUCUGGGAUAGUUCACCACCAUGAUGAUGAAUGGCCCCCUCGAAAAUUUGGUGGUGAUGAGGAGAGCAAUAUUAUAAGGUCUCAAGAAUGCUCAAGUUAUGGCAAUUGCUUUCUAAGGCAAGUUCCUGACAUUAAGCAUAUAUAUCAUACAAAAUUGAGACAUGCUCAAGUCCUUGAAAUCCUCAACUGCAUUCUAAAGGAAAUUAUGAAGUUAAGUAAUAGACAACUGGAAAGAAUUGGAUUUGAUCAAGCAAUCUUUGAUGCAAUCAAGCAUGGAAUAAUUGAGAUUGUUGAUGUGUUGAUUGAACGCAACCCUGAAAUCAUAUGGAGGAAAGAUAAAAAGGGUAGAACCAUCUUUGCUAAUGCACUUGUGCUUCGUCAAGAAAAGAUCUUUAGCCAUGUUUACAGAUUGGGCGCAAAGCUUCGCAUAGCAGUGCUUCGUCAUGAUAUAUUUGGCAACAAUUUUUUACAUCUAGCUGCCAAGCUAUCUCCUCCUUCGAGACUUGAUCGAAUCUCGGGUGCAGCGUUGCAGAUGCAAAGAGAAUUAAAAUGGUUUAAGGAGGUGCAAAGCAUGGUGCCACCAAAAUACAUGGAAGAAGUCAAUGAAAACAACAAAACACCAAGUGCAUUGUUCUCAGAGGAGCACCAAGAGUUGAUUAGAGAAGGAGAAAGAUGGAUGAAGAACACAGCAGCUUCAUGCAUGGUUGUAGCAACACUCAUCGCGGCAGUCAUGUUCACUUCAGCUUUUACAGUUCCCGGUGGCGACGAUAACGAAUCAGGCUUCCCCAUCUUCUUAAAGUACGAUGCAUUCCUCGUCUUCAUCAUUUCAAAUGCUUUCGCCUUGUUUUCUUCUUCAACUGCUGUGUUAGUGUUCUUAGGAAUCCUCACUUCGCGUUAUGAAGAAAGAGACUUUCUCAAAUCCUCGCCAACAAAAUUGAUCAUUGGUCUUUUCUCUCUUUUCUUCUCAAUAGUAACUAUGAUGCUAGCUUUUGGUUCAGCUCUUUCAAUUGUCCUCAAAGCAAGAUUGGAAUGGGUGGCCAUCGCAGUCAUUGUUCUUUCUUCAAUCCCAGUUGUUUUCUUUGCCCUAUUACAGUUUCCUCUUCUCGUUGAAAUGGUUAUAUGCACAUAUUGGCGAGACAUCUUUGACAAACCGAAGAAAGGAUCUAUGUUAGACGAUAAUUGA